AUCGUCUUCGAGAUACCCUUCAAGUGUCUUAUCGUUCGUUGUCAGGUGUGUUUUGGACCAAAGUGCAUGGAUGACUUUAAUAAUCAAUCUGUUUUCUACCGGGCAUUACUGUGUUUUAAUGGUGGAGGUCUUUGAGGAGAAUUUUGGAUAUAACCAUGGGAUCGGGGUCGACUUCGUGGAGGAGGAGGAUACUUAAUUCGAUACGAAUUCGUAGCGAGCUUGGACGACAUGUCAUCUGCGAGUUCUAUGCGACUUUCAUUCUAUCAGUCAUCGUCCAUGCUGCCGUGGCUCAGGAUGUGGUAUCGAGGACAGGGUCUGCAUUCAACGUCGCUUUGACGGUCGGGAUGGGGGUCGUUCUCGCAGUCUACGCUGGAUUCGGUGUAACAGGGGCUCACAUCAACCUGGCUGUAUCAAUAGGAAUAGCUGUUAUAGGACAAUUCCCAUGGCGGAGGAUACCUGUAUAUUUCCUAGCCCAGCUUGUCGGUGGGUUCGCCGGGGCAUGGGUAGUAUAUCGAGUUUAUGAAGAUGGUUUUGAUCAUUUUGAUGGUGGAACUCGUCAGGUUUUGGGUGAGAAUGGUACAGCUGGAGUCUUUGCUACAUUCCCGCAGCCGUACUUGUCAAUGACGACUGGGUUUUUUGAGCAGGUAUUGAAUACAGCAUUGUUAUUAGCCUCUAUAGGAGCUGUGAUGGAUCAGCGAAACAACGCCGCCCCUACUCGCGUAGCCCCGUUUUUCUUUGGGUUGAUUGUGUUUACUAUUCUAAUGAGCUACGGAUAUAACGCUGGCGCCCCUCUCAAUCCUUCAAUCGAUCUAUCCGGACGUCUUUUUCUCACCGCCGCUGGGUACGGAAGAGAGGUCUGGACUCCCGAUGGCGUUCACUGGUGGUGGAUACCAAUUGUAGGACCAAUUGUUGGGGCUUCUCUCGGGUCCUGGGCCUACUUCCUCGCUAUCAUCAUACACCAUCCACCAGAGGAGAUCAAUGUAACAGAUUACAACGAAAAGAUAGAAAACAUAGAACACAAUAAUAAAGACGGAAUGGUUAACAACCAUACGACAAGACAUCAUAGUUUAACGAAUUCGACGACGAUGAGCGUGAGAAGACGACCCUCUGACCAGGACGAGAUGUCGAGACCGCUAUCCGUCGACGCGAUCUUCCACAGUUCAUUAGAGAACGACGCCACGAAUGAUAUAUAUUUGUGACUUUUGGCAAGAAGAGAAAAAGCAUUCGAACUAAAAAUUAUGAAUGAAAUGAUUAAAAAAAUAACUUAAUGAAUAACGUGUGUAAAAAGUACUAUAAAAGUCUUUACUAUAAAAGUAUUACCACUGAUUUUGCUGGUUAUUGUCAUGGUAAUCAUUUCAUGCGAGUUUAUUUUUUACUUUUUUGCACUCAUGUUCGGUAUGUCUGAUAUUUCUCAAACAUGUAGCCUAAGUUUUAUUCUGCAAAAACAAUAAUCCUCGAAAUAUGGUCACGAUGUCAUUGUUUUUGUUUAAAAUGUCUCGACAUCAUUAUUUUUGUAAUAAUGUCUCGACAUAAUUAUUUUUGUAAUAGUGUUUCAAGUAGUCCAAUAUGUUUUUAGUUUCCCCAAAAUAGCGCAGGGUAAGCAUAUUAUAUUUCACCUUUUUUUAAAAUGAACUAAUUGCUAUGAGAAUUUAUGUGUGUUGAUAUGAAAUUGGAAUCUUGUGAUAUACAUGUAUAUAUCAAUAACACAUGAUCAAUGGUUGAAACUCACCCAAGUUGCGAAGUAUUGAUGGUUUGCACAGUUAAUUACCAAAUAUGUAUACUUGCGAUUGCUUGCUUCUCGCUUUUGGUAACCGUAGAAGUUUCAGAUGAUGAUGAAAUUCGAAAACCAAAAAUGUGAUAGCCACUGCCAUUUUUUACUUAUUUGAGAAGAAAUAAAAAAAAUAUGGACAAAAAAUAAAGGAAAGAUGAAUCAUUUGGGCUUAUGCAAAAUCAAAACAUACACAUGUUUUGGCUUCCAGUAUCAUUAAUCCGAAGGAAAUAUCAGUGGAAGAACAUCAUUCUUUUGUAUAUUUCUACGGCAUUUACUAAACCAGUUGUGAAUAUCUUUUAUAAGCACCAGUAUGAUAUUUUUGCAAAUAUCAUCAAUGAUCCAAGAUUCAAAUUUGUGGCUGAACAGAAAAUAGUUUUAGGUCCAUAAUAUAAUUCACCAAAUAUAAUAUACUUAAUAUAUACUAGUACCAAAUCAUAUAGUUAUGAUGUCAAAUAGCUUUAUACUGCAAAGUUUUGCAAACCUUUUGCACUAGAUAGAAAAGAAAAUAUAUUAUAUUUUCAUUGAAAUGUCAUUACUUUUUGUAUGUUGCUUUGAAAAUGUGUCCGGAACAUGG